UCGGGAAGUUCCGCUAAGCCGUGGACCCAGCCCACAGCCUCUCUUGCGCCGGCCCCUCCGUGCGUGCGCGGUAACGUAGCGUGCGUGCCCCUGCUCCUGAGCGCAGGAGAACCCGCACAGAGCUGCCAACGCCCGGCGGAGACUCUGAGAUUCAUAUUGGAUUUGAUAUACUAACGGACUUCAGCUAUGCAGACAAUUAAAUGUGUGGUCGUGGGUGAUGGUGCUGUUGGUAAAACAUGUCUCUUAAUUUCUUACACAACAAACAAAUUCCCAUCGGAAUAUGUACCAACGGUUUUUGAUAACUAUGCUGUAACAGUGAUGAUUGGUGGGGAGCCAUAUACCCUAGGAUUGUUUGAUACUGCAGGACAGGAAGAUUAUGACAGAUUGCGACCCCUCAGCUAUCCACAGACAGAUGUGUUUCUGGUUUGUUUUUCAGUGGUCUCUCCUUCUUCAUUUGAAAAUGUGAAAGAAAAGUGGGUACCUGAAAUUACUCACCAUUGUCCAAAAACCCCUUUCCUGCUUGUUGGGACCCAAAUUGAUCUCAGAGAUGACCCCUCAACAAUUGAGAAACUUGCUAAGAACAAGCAGAAGCCCAUAACUCCAGAGACUGCUGAAAAACUGGCCCGGGACCUGAAGGCUGUCAAAUAUGUGGAGUGUUCUGCACUUACACAGAAAGGCCUAAAGAAUGUAUUUGACGAGGCGAUAUUGGCUGCCCUGGAGCCUCCGGAGCCGAAGAAGAGUCGCAGGUGUGUGCUGCUAUGAGCGUCCCUCCACAGCCCCUCUGCAAAGCUGAUGUUUGAUGUCAUACUAAAAGCAAUGUUUAAAUCAAACUAAAGAUACAAAUUUUAAAAUUUGUUUUUGCAAUAAUGACAAAUGCCCUGCACUCCCACACUCUCCCUGUGUGAGUUGAGAAUGUUAGUGUUCAUUCCCAGUGCCCUUCCCAAUUCAGUUAAAGACUAGUUAAUUUUGAGUAAUUAUGUAUCAGAAAAUACUGAUCAUUACUAGUUUUUUAUUUUGUUUACUGUUUCUAAUUUUUGUUUAAAAUCCAGGCAUGCUUGUGUUGACUUUCUCUGUAACAGACUAAUUCUAGGCUGUGUUACUGAAAUCUUGUCCCAAGCUGGCAAGACUCUGAUUCGUUGACCUUCUGGGGCUAUAUUCUGUAAUCAGCAGGCAGCCUGGGUAUGAGCAUGUUUCUGACUCAGUUUUGAGGACUGAAAUUAAGAUGUCCCAAGCUGGUGCUCCUUCUCUAAAAGUUGCCUUGUUACCUCUCCUCGUCACUUUCCUCUGAGCAGGUCAGAAAUUCCUACCCUGUCCUUUUAAGUUAUAAAACCUUUGAAAUGGGAGGUGAAUUGUUCCUUUCUCUGUGGAUGCACCAUCAACUUGUAUUUAAGAAAAUUAGUUUAUUGGUGGUGGAGGUGAGGAAUGGGUCAUUUUUCCCCUCAAACUUGACAUUACAGGCUUUCAUCAAAUGUGAAGAAAUAACGGCACCUUUUUAAGCACACCCAACUUAUAGUUGGUUUUUAACAAGAAAAAAACAAACCCAGAAAACCACAUACUUCUCUCAAUCACUGAAUUGCUUGGUACGGGCAGGCUUACAAAUUGCCAGUAUGGUGUUGCUAGGACGCUUCGAAAGAGCCUGGGAUGUAUUAAGGUGAGUUGGGGAAGUGGUGCUAGUGGGUGCAUAUCCUACAGAACAGUUCAGCCUCCUUUUAGGAGGGGUGGAAAAAUAGACCUGCUUCAGUAGGAAAGAACUGCAGGGGAGGGUUGUCUAGUGUUUGGUGUGGCACCAUAGGGACCAGUUAAGGGAAUCCCCUUUAUCUGCAUUGUGCAUGUAAGUAACCCUAAAGCCUGUAAGAUGGGUUCCAGUCUAAUAAGGAUCAUGUAUGAGAUCUUUAGACUCCAGUGUUAAUAGGGAUUUUACCAAAACUAUAUUUUGGCUUGCAGAUUCAAAUUUUUUUAAUACAUGGGGAAUCCUAUGUCUUCCCAAAUUCCUAAUUCUUGUAGACUCAUUAAUGUUGAACCAAUGCUUUUUCAUGUCUAAGUUCUUUGUAUAUGCAUUCUUUUCAGAUGUAUUAAACAUGAAAUAUCUUCACAAGCCCGCCUAAGGGUAAUUUUUCCCCCAGACUCUCAUUAUGGUUCUUUAAGGACUUGCAAACACAGCCAACUUUUCCCCUUUGAGCCCUGCUCUCCAGUUGUGAGUAGCUUUCAUUCCAUUCUUUACACCUAGUUCCAAAUAUUUAUCCCUUCCCAUUGCUCUCCUCCCCCAUUAAUGGUCUCAUUUCUGUCAAGCUUGCUGUAAUGCUCACAAAGUAAUCCUUCCACAUCAGAAAAUUACUGCUGUAGCAUCAGGGUCUGUAAAGAGAUGUAUACUGUUCGCUUACAACUUAGGGCUGUUGAGAUUUUACCAUUUAAUAUUUCACGUGUUCCAAAAUCUUUCAUAAAUGAAAAGAUGACAUCUUCAGAUUACUUUUUCUGGAGUGAGAUGCAAUGCUAUUACAGAAACUCCAUGUUGCUUUCUGCUUGUGCAUAGAUCUCAGGAAACCAAAUAUUAUGAUGUUCCCCACUCCAAACAUACGUUUUGGUUUUGUUAGCAAUUUGUGGAGAUCACUGAAGUCUUGCAGUGUGGAAGCAUUAUUUUGUAUUAAUGAUUAAAACACUUUCCAAAGA